ACCACUAAAGGUAGGAUGAAACGUUUUUUUUUUGUUUGAAAGCAGAGGGUCUGUUCUUUCAUUUGGUACAUUGUAUGUUUAUAUAUUUAAAGAAGAACAUUUUCUGGAAGGCAUUAAACUUUGGUGAAAAUCAUGAAAAACGCUGGCGGUGGCUGGCAACUUUUUUUUAAAACGCUGGCGGUGAAAGAGUUAACAAACAUGGACAUGACUCUACUAAAUUUGAGUACAUCCGUCAGAAACUCCGUGAAAUUGGAAGAUUGUUGUUGACGUUGCGUAAAGAGUUCUCUAUUUACAGUCUUGAAGAAGCUGUGAAACCUGCUAAUUUCUAUCGACUUAUUCAAGCAGUCCAGAGGGUAUCUGGCUAUGAUGAAGAGAGUCACUGCUACAAAAGCCCUAGUCUUGCACUCAAACUGGGUCAUUCAUUAAACAAGAUCUGUGAAAUCAUUCAUUGCAGAGCACUCAUGUCUGAAGACAAAGAACUGAUUUCCUUAACAGAUACAUUCAAAAAGCUGUAUUCCUCAAAGUGGUCUGAGUUGAUCUCCCACUCUGCACUUGUCACAAUGAAUGAGGCCAGAUUCAACAAGCCAUCGACCCUGCCUUUCACCAAAGAUGUACAGUGUCUUCAUCAGUUCCUUGAAAAGAGCGCACAUGCUGCCUUUGAGAAACUAAAAGAGACUGCAUCACCUCAGAGCUAUGCAGCACUAGCCAAAGCAACUCUGGCAAGAAUGAUUGUUUUUAAUCGCCGGCGUGCAGGAGAGGUGUCAAAAAUGCAGCUUAAAAGCUUUCAAGAAAGGGACAGCACUUCUCUUCAUGAUGUUGUUGCCUUGGGCCUUAGCAGGUUUGAACAAAAACUCUGCAGCCAUUUCAGUAGAGUUGAGAUCAGGGGUAAAAGAGGAAGGAAGGUGGCCGUUCUUCUUUCACCUGAUAUGGUGGAUGCAUUGACGCUGCUGGUCAGAAGGAGAAGUGAGUGUGAGGUGCAGGACACCAACAGUUUCUUGUUUGCUAGACCUAACUGCCAAAGUCAUUACAGAGGCCAGGACUGUAUUAGGGUCUUUGCCAGUGAAUGUGGAGCUCAACAUCCAGAGUUUCUGCGAUCAACACACCUUCGGAAACAUGUGGCUACUCUCUCUCAAAUCCUCAACCUGAAAAACAAUGAAUUGGAUCAGGUUGCCGAUUUCUUAGGGCAUGAUAUCCGUGUGCAUCGCGACUAUUACAGGCUGCCAGAAGCCACAACUCAACUGGCUAAGAUAUCUAAAUUACUGCUAGCUAUGGAAAAGGGCUGUCUUCCUGAUCUUCAGGGAAAGUCCCUUGACGACAUUGAGCUUGAAGAUGAGAUCAGUGUAAAUGAUUCUGAAGACAGUGGUCCCGAUGAAAGUGAUGUUGAAGAUGAUGUCCCUGCUGCUGCUGGCUCCAGUCGUGAUGUCCGUGCUGCUGCCUCCAGUCGUGAUGUUUCUGCUGCUGGCUCCAGUCGUGUUGUUUCUGCUGCUGGCUCCAGUCGUGUUGCUUCUGCUGCUGCCUCCAGUCGUGUUGUUUCUGCUGCUGCCUCCAGUCAUGAUGUUUCUGCUGCUGCCUCCAGUCAUGCUGAUGAUCACUUUCUGUUUGGUCCUCGUGUUGUGUGGUUCUUCGUCUCAGUCUUGGAUUACGAGUUGCAUUGUGGAUUGUUUAUUGUCGUCGUCGUCUCCGUGUGGAUGUUCCGUGCACAGUCUGGAUUUACCACUGCUCAUCACUCCACCAACGCCGCACUCAAAACCAUCUACCACCGUAGUCCUCGUCACCAUUGCCAACAACACCGGACAUUUCCUGCUUGUGUCAUCUCUCUCUCUGUGUUUUAUAAAUAAACAUUGUUAUUUCACCUACAAUUGCUUCCGCUCAGUUCGUGUCAUUACAUGAACAGACUAUUGGAAAUAUCAGUAAAACAACUUCAGCUAAUAUUAUGCUGUGUUUGGACUAAAAAUUGAAUAAAUAUUACUCCUCUCUUUAGAAAUUUGAAGUAAACAUAUAAAAUCAAUCAAUAUUUCUCCAAACAUGCACGCCUUUGAACCAAA